AUGGCUGACCCAACCGUCAUCGUUCUGCCUGGAUCGGCUGAAAAAUCCCGUCAUACUGACCAGGAAAGAUCGCAGACUCAACAAGAUAGCUUCUACAAGUAUAUCAAUUACAGAAGACUGCCGGAGUCUACACUCAACAACACUCUGAGAGAUGUUCACGACUUCACUCAAUAUGCAGUGGUAGAAGCUCAACGAAUCGUCUACGGUGAAGACCUCGGAAGGACAUUUGGCGCUUUCGUCGGCUUUGCAUCCUUAUAUGCGCUCAUCAAAGUCUUGUCUCCGUUUUGGUUAGCUGUAGUCGGGGUGACUGCCAUCUUCGUUGCUCCUCUCGCUGCCUCGCCUCAGGGACGGCAGGUCGCCCACGACGCCACUGUACAGGUUCAAAAUGCGGCAAACGUAACCGCUCAGAAGGGCGCAGAGCUCGCUCGUGACGGACAAGCAAAGACGGCAGAGCUAUCCUCCAAGGCACAACAAGCUGCAUCUGAUGCGAGCACGACUCUUAGCAAUACUGCUCGAAGCGGCCAACAGACGGCAUCUAAUGUGACCAAUAAUGCCACUGAGAAGGCGAGAAACUUGCCGCAAGCAGGCACGAAUGCACUCAACAGUGCUCCCGGUUCAAUUGCAUCGACCUUGGGAGCUGCAAAGCACACUGUCACUGGAUCAUCGGCGAACAACAACAACCGGACUUUUGAUGACAGCUCUCGACAGCCGCCCUCCGGAUAUGUCACCAGCACCGGAUCAGAUGGCCUCUCUCGAUCGUCAAUUAAUGAGACUGAGAUCCCGAGACGUGCUCCUUUGGACCUUGAAGAUCAGCUCUCGGCCGAGCAGUCUAGCCUACCUACACUGCCUAGGUCCUUGCCAGUUAAGUCUGAUAUUGAGGGUUUGGGAAAUGGAACGGCUACGAUUCUUCGAUGA